AUGAACCAGGACGACGAGGUCACCAGUGCACACAGCCAUGGCGAGAUCGAGACUAAGGAUGUAAAGCAAUUGAGUGGUCAACAUGAUGGCCGUACCAAUGAAUGUGACUUCGACGCGGAGGAGAAGCAAGUAGUUGGUGAAUCUGCACCAUUGCCUAACUUGCAACGGAAGCUGAAGAGUCGGCACCUGUCGAUGAUUGCUAUUGGUGGCACUAUCGGAACAGGCCUGUUUAUUGGAAGUGGAACAGCAAUUGCCUACGCAGGGCCCGUCGGCGCUUUACUCGCCUUCAUCUUCGUUGGAUCCAUUGUUUUCUCCGUCAUGUCAGCUCUCGGAGAGGUUGCCACUUUCUUACCUAUCCCAGGAGCGUUUGCCUCCUAUGCCACACGACUAGUGGACCCAAGCUUAGGUUUUGCAAUGGGCUGGAUCUACUGGUUCUCAUGGGCGUCAACCUUCGCGCUGGAACUGACCGCGACCGGUCUGAUCAUCCAAUACUGGGAGCAAUCACUCCCUAUCGCUGGGUUCAUUGCCCUGUUUUGGGUCCUUAUCAUAGCUCUGAAUAUGUUGCCGGUCAGCUGCUACGGUGAAACCGAGUUCUGGCUGUCAAGCGUCAAGGUCUUGACCGUUGUCGGGUUUAUGAUCUUCGCAAUCUGCAUGAAUGCUGGCGUUGGUGAAGAAGGUUAUAUCGGCUUCAGAUACUGGGUUCACCCUGGGCCGUUUGUGCCCUACCUCCUUGAAGACCCAAAGCAGGAUGCGUUGGCGAAGUUCCUUGGCUUCUGGGCGGUUCUUAUUAAGGCUGCAUUCUCGUACCAGGGUACUGAGCUUGUCGGCAUCGCGGCUGGUGAGACUGAAAAUCCUCGCAAGAGCGUGCCUAGUGCAAUUCGGAAAACGUUCUUCCGAAUCAUUUUCUUUUUCGUGUUGACGAUCUUUUUCAUUGGGAUUGUUGUGCCUUCCAACGAUACACACCUCACAGCUAGCGAAGGCAGUGGCGCGAGCGCAAAUAACGCGAACGCGUCGCCCUUUGUUAUCGCUGCGAAUCGCGCUGGCGUGAAAGUGCUACCAAGCAUCAUCAACGCUGUGUUGUUGACCGUCGUCCUGUCCGCUGCCAACUCCAACGUUUACAGCGGAAGUCGAAUCCUCGUCGGCUUGGCCCACGAAGGCUUCGCGCCUCGCUUUUUCGUGAAGACGACAAAAUGGGGAACACCAUACUACAGCGUGGGCUUCACUGCUCUUUUCGGCCUUCUUGGUUUCUUGAACGUCUCCAAUGCCGGGGCUACUGUGUUCAACUGGUUGCUUCAGAUCGCCGGUCUGGCUGGGUUGAUUACAUGGUGUGCAUUGAACAUCUGCCAUCUAGGCUUUAUGCGAGCAAUGGAGGCGCGAGGUCUUCCUCGUAGUAUUCUACCAUACAAGUCUCUCUGGCAACCAUGGCUGUCAUACUAUGGCCUCUUUUUCAAUGUCCUGAUUAUCUUCACUCAGGGCUUCACUGCUUUUAUUCCAUCAUUCAGCGUUACAGACUUUUUCAUCAACUACCUCAGCCUCAUUUUGUUUGCUGUGUUAUACGCUGGUCAUAAGAUCGCUUAUAGACAGCCAUUUGUUGAUCCCCUUGAGGCGGAUAUUGAUACGGGCAGAGUUGACCUCGAUGAUUAA